AUGGCUCCGACCUUCCUCAACAACCUGCGCCGCCGAUCGAGGGCCAGUUUCCGUACCAAUCGAUCAACCGACACAUCCAGUGAUGGUGCUACAAGUCAAGCAACAUCGCCCUCAAGCGGCUCCUUAACGCCGCCUUCGAUUGAUCACCAGUCAGAUCCUGCACUUCAUCUGCAGGUAAAAGAUCAGCAACAACUCCAGCGUAGACAGUCUCAAAUGUCCCAGAGCCAGAGCCAACUCAACGUCCCCACGCGACCGCCGCUAUCGUCCAACUCCAACCGCAACAGUGUUUCCGGGAUGUCGGGUCUUGGUGCGCCUUCUAUCAAUGGAAGACAAACCCUUCCAGUGUCACCAUACGCUCCAAGAGUGGUCAACAUCACCGAAAAUGCAUGGGUCUAUCAAAAAGUUCUUCUUGUUUAUGGCACAAUCGGAAAUGCCGCCGAAAAACCCCUCGAUGGCACCCUUAAUGUUUGCCGACUCGACGACAACUUCCCCGCGAUCAGCUGGCCCGUUUGCAACUCACAUUUCAAAGCACUGGUGUACCUUCAACCGGGUCCUAACAGAUUGCGCUUCGAGUUCUCAAGCCCGAAACUUGCGAACAGCAACAGCUCCAACCCAAUCCAUGCUUCCUACCUUACUGUUCAUAUGCUACCUGUGACCAAUUCGCCACCUUUGCAGCUUGCGAUACUCGUUGCGAAGGACUCCCCCGAAACAUUCGAUGCCUCGCCCGCCCGAGCCGAAAAGGAAGGAAAUGGACUGGAAAUGGCCGUGAAGAAGUUCAGAAUGGCAGCGUACCUGUGGCAGGCCUUCACAUCGGAACAGAUGUGGCGGAACAAGCUUGGCCGACGGGCCUUCCGCUUUGAUGAAGAAUGGACAACAGGCUCGGCCAAUUAUCGUGACCAAGAGAACGGCACCAUGCGCUCCGAAGCCCGUGUGCAUAUUAUUCGCUCCGACAAGACCCUUGCUGAGAUUCGAGAUCUUAACAAGGCUCAGCAAAACGAGAAGGCGACCGAUAAGGGCGCUUUGUACGGGAUCGCUUCAGAGGCCGUCAAGAAAUACUUCAACCCGCUGCCAGGGCAGAAGCUAUACGUGUCUUGUCUUCUCUUGGAUUCUCAUUGGGAUACGACAGCAAAGACCGUGACCGGCCAUGCCGCUCUUGGAGGAGGGGAUGGUGAUCUUCAGCUCGCCAUUUUUGGAUCUCACUGCCUUCACAGUUACCCUUCCACUUUCGAAGAGGUUGUGCCUGCUUUCACUGACUGUACUCCAACGGAUACAAACCACGUGGCUAAUGACUGCAACGAAGCGGGCAGUUCUUGGGAGGCCGCCAAUAUCGGUAUUGGCGCUCAUAUGCAUGAGACGGGCCAUCUAUUCGGAUGCCCCCACCAGGAGAGUGGUAUAAUGCUGCGAGAUUACGUGGUGCUCAACCGCACAUUUGUAGCUCGAGAGGCCUAUUGUACAAGGACCAAAUCCAAAGGUGGUCUUGCACUUCAGGCCGACGAAUGUGGAUGGCACCGCCUUGACUGCUUGCGUUUCCGAGCUCACCCGUCUUUCCGACUUCCCAACGAUCCCCCGAUGAGCCCUGACGGUAGCGUUCAAGCCUUCCCUGUCGAAAAUGGCAAUGUACUUGUUAUGGCGGCCACAGGAAUUUUCUUUGUUGAGAUUUAUGCAGACGGUGACGAUGUCUGCCAUGCUUGGAUCGAGUAUCCCACUGAUCAAGGGACGCCCUCCCGACAAAUCACGCUCAGCGAGAGCGAGCUGCGAGGCAGACUGCCUGAGAAGAAAAGAAAGGGAUCUCUCAAAAUAUCAGUCAAGUCUUACGGGGGAGGAUCACUUGAUAUUGACGAUUACAAAAGAUUUACCUCCAAGGAAUCUCUCAUUAAGCUACCGAACGGGAAGAGUGCAUUCCGAAGCCAGAAGCUGGGUAGCUCUAAGAUGGAUGGAAGCCAGCCUACGGAAGCCAUCUUUACGAGUGCUGUCAAGCAGGACCGAGUUCUAUCCCGUGUGGUGAUUUACCACGGCAUAGCCGUGGACGGAAUAGAAUUCAUUUAUGACGAUGAUUCCAGGCAGUUGUUUGGAAAGAAGGGCGGCAAAGAAGGGGGAGAUACUUUCGAGUUUGAUGUUCGUCGUGGUGAAUACAUCAGUGGCUUUGUCGUGCGAUCUGGGUUUUGGAUCGAUGGUAUACAAAUUCUGACGAGUUUGGGUCGCAAGUCACCCGUUUAUGGAAAUGCUCAUGGAGGAGAUGCGCACACUUUGAUACCUCCUCGAGGCUACAUCAUCUGUGGUGUUUCUGGCUCCUGUGGCCAAUGGUUAGAUGGAUUCUCGGUUCUCAUCACGCGAUGA